AUAAAAUUUAUAAUUAAAAGGAAGACUAAUCUCCAAAUGUUAUCCUAUCUAUAAUUGUUAUUGUGAAUUGGUAAUCAUUAAUGAAACCUUGAAGACUCAGUUGUACUUCCCUGGCGAGUGACGUGAGUGUCGGCAGCGCUGUGGCGGCCCAUAGUCGAACUAACUUCAGUAAUCUGCGAGCAACCAUACCGUAUGGGUUUCACGUAAUUUUUUCGCGAUCGGAUAGUAAAAUGGCUUGCAAUAUUAAGCCAUUGCACAAAAGCAAGCAUUUUCCGAUCGACCAGUUAGUAUGUGUUGGAAACUACGAGCUGGAAAAAACUAUAGGGACCGGAAAUUUUGCAGUUGUUAAACUCGCUACACAUGUUAUAACUAAAAGUAAGGUGGCAAUAAAAAUAAUAGACAAAUCAAGAUUAGACGAAGACAAUUUAAAAAAGACAUUCAGGGAAAUUGCAAUAAUGAAACGACUUAGGAAUCCACACAUUGUGAAAUUGUAUCAGGUGAUGGAAAGUACACAUACAUUAUACUUAGUGACAGAAUAUGCUCCAAACGGAGAGAUAUUUGAUCACCUAGUGUCGCGAGGCCGUAUGCCCGAGUCGGAAGCUGCGCGGGCCUUCGCCCAGAUGGUGGCCGCAGUCGGCUAUUGCCACGCGAACGGGGUGGUCCACCGCGAUUUAAAGGCGGAGAAUUUACUGCUGGAUAAGGAUAUGAAUAUUAAGUUGGCAGACUUUGGGUUCAGUAACGAGUACACAUCGGGUUCCCCAUUGUCGACGUGGUGCGGGAGCCCCCCGUACGCAGCGCCCGAGUUGUUUGAAGGCCGACAGUACGAUGGACCGAAAGCCGAUAUUUGGUCACUGGGUGUGGUACUAUACGUAUUAGUUUGUGGUGCUCUACCCUUCGACGGUGGUACGCUGAGUGAAUUAAGAAGCGUGGUCGUCAGCGGGAAGUUUAGGAUUCCUUAUUUUAUGUCACAAGAUUGCGAACACCUCAUCCGGCACAUGCUGGUGGUCGAGCCAGACAGGCGAUUGACGCUACGAGCGGUGGGCAGGCACAGGUGGCUUCGGACGCAUUGUAACACGUUAAACGCACAAACAUACGAGUUGUCGGAUGGCCAUUGCGCAUGUCACGUUGGAGUAAACGACACGUCUAACGGGGCGAGUAGUGCGCUUGCGCAGAUGCUGGCCUUGCCGGGGCUGACACACGAGAUUAUACAACAGUCCGUCGAAGAAGAGAGAUUCGACCACAUCUCGGCCAUUUACCACCUCCUUGUGGACAAACACACUCAAAAAGAAGACACCGCACAAAUUGAUUCACUGGAAUCAAACCUAGGACUGCCCUUGGAUCUCACGAGCUGUAAGAGCGAAGGUGGAGGUGAAGAGAGUAUGGAAGCGGAAGAAACCUUGGCCUAUCUCACUGGAGAUGGAAACGAGGAUGGACUCGAGAGGUUCGGCGAAGUGUCGAUCCCCAAAGAGGAGCCCCGCCAGCGAGUGACGGACUGUCACGCCACGAGACGCCACACCGUGGGGCCGGGCGAUUGCCGUCACGCGCAGCACACGCAGGUCGGCGAACAGUCGUCGUUCGGAGCUGCCUCCGCUGAUCUCAGGCCGGCGCCACUUUGCGCAUCGACACAUUUACAUCGACAGGCGGCGGCCCGAGUGUCGCUCCUGCCCCACACGGACCUGGCGGGCAAGUUGCCUGCCGUGCAGCACAGGCCUCCGCACCACUUCAGCGUCAAAGACCAACAGCUGCUGAAGCCGCCGCAGGCUAUGCUCCCCCACGCCUCGUCGUUCGGGCGACGCGCGUCGGACGGAGGCGCGCACGUCGGGCGCGCACACACGCACACUGCGCCGCAUCACGUCUCCGACAGCGGAACGACAAACCGGUUAGAGGAGGGCGACCGGACGGACGAGCAGACUUCGGACUCGCAAUACAACACCAACUUGUGCAGGUACAUGUUGAACCGCGGAAGUAACAAGCGCCACACGAUGGCAACGCCGGAAGACGCCGCCACCGUCUGCGCUUCCAGCAAUAUGCAGGCGAGUUCUUCUCCGUCGUCGUCGGCGAACAUCCGAGUCAGAAGAACCGGUCUUCUGACGGUCACGGAGAGACCCCCCGUCAUAAGUCCGGAAUUAGUUAUGGAGGUCGAAGCGAGGAUGAAAAGGAACUACUUACCGCCGUCGAUUCAAGGACAAUACAACCAGGGAUACUCCAGUCCCCCGCGCGCCAACCAGAGCCCGCCGAGUCAGGGGUCCAUCACCGCCGGAACCCCGAACUAUAAAUACAUGCCACCGAUACCGGGACAGUACAAUCAAGGCUACUCUAGUCCCCCGCACGCCGCGAGCCAGAGUCCCCCAAAUCAGGGGUCAAUAACGGCCGGCACCCCCAGCUUCGGCAAAUCCAUGAAACCGGUUCUAGAAACGAUCCCCCAGGGGAGCAUUAUGGGGUCGAUCAAAUCCGGUCCGCCAUCGCAAGCCGCGUCGCCGUUCACCCCGAGCGUGGGUCCGUUUUCCCCCAAUCAGGGUGCCGUCGCGGCCCCCAUCCAGAAUCAGGGUUCCAUAAUCUCCGGAACGCCGAUGAACGUCGAAUUUUCAAUUACUAAUAUCAACUUUUCUAGUAAUAUUGGAUCGAUUACUAGCGGAACUCCGAACUUCAACGCGUCCACGACGCACGACUCGAAUAACGAUAUGGAUAGUGAAUGUUACCCCGCAGAGAAGCAAAGUUAUAUCGCUUCGAUCAAUGCUGGACCGCCUCUGAAUAACAUGGGGUCCAUAACGAGUGGGACUCCCAACCUUAACGCAUCUAAUUAUUCAAAUGCAAACCCAAACGUGGCUUCGAUGGUGGGUUCCGUCGGCACGCCCAUGGGAUCCAUCACGAGCGGGACGCCGGUCAAUCAUAUUUUGUCGAGCGGCAACACGAUACCGAGCGGGUCCAUAACGGCCGGCACCGCGUACAACAGGCAACGCAAGUAUUCGGGACCUCAACGCGGCAAACUUCAAAUGUUGCCGACCGUACAGGAAAUGGCUCGCGAGCACUCGGAACGAUAUUCGCCAGUGAGGAGGGCGGAGUGCUCGCCCCCGAGACAGACUCACGACAUAGCCUCAGCGAGAUUGGAAUAUCAGCAACUGCAGCGAGGAUUAGAGCGCCGUUCGGGACAGAGUGGGACUUCGCCGUCGGAACCGCGGCUUCAUCCGGUCUCCCUGCCCGGAUCGCCGAUACACGCCGGCGCAUCUCCUCCUCUCGACUUGUCCGGCGAUUAUCAAAGAGAUAAGGAUCUGGCGCUGAAUCUCGGGCUGAACCUGAGCAACCUGUACUCCCCUCACGUGUCUCAAGACGUCUUAAAGUCUAUACAUUCGUUUACCAAUUUCGGUCGAGCUUCCAGCCCCGGGUCUCCCUUACACCAAAUAACCGAAGGUCUGAGCUAUCUCCACACCGGGUCUAUCACCAGAGGCACUCCUCAAAGCCAAUCUCCCUUAGACCUCCGUAGUAACGUGGAAAUGGAAACCAACUACCCGCAGUUAUUAAUUCAUCCACAGAUCCAUAUGGUCGCCCAUAGAUCUUUGAACAACUCCCCGAUAUCGAAUCCUGGAUCCCCGCUCGACAUGAUCCGAGAAGAAAUCGGCAACGGAAACCACGUCGGCGACCAAAUCCAGCGAUACUCAACGUAUCCGUCGACCCAUCCGCAGAUCAGUUUGACAGAUUGUCUCGGUUCCGAAAUUACCCUCGUGGCUUCGAGCUCCGAAGACAGCGUCGACAGUUUGGAGAAUUCUAAAUACCCGCUACCGCAGUUCGUCAUCUCGGAACCGUCAGAUUUGGACGACAGACCGUCGAUAACCAAGGGCAUCGGCAGGAAAGUCAGCCAAGAAACGGAAACGGUAGACAAAGACUCGGAAAUGUCGUCUCCUAAGGAAGAUGAGAAAUUUCUGGAAAGGCCGAGACGCGGCAGCGAUAAGUCGCUCGGAUUCAGCGACGAUUCUCUCAGCAACGAUUCGGCCAACGCUUCCCCGAAUUGUGAGCAAAAUGUCCAAUCCAUUUACUCCAAUAUAGUCUCCAUCAGCUCCGGAUUCAGCGAAAACCGAGGCAGCUUUUCCGAACACAGGGAAUCGUUUUCGUUCUCCGACCGCGGUAGCUUUUCCGAACGAGGGGACUUCGGCAGAUCCUCCUUUUCGGAAAAGUCGGAUUUCGGUCGCGGUAGUUUUUCAGAAAAAGGCGAAACGCCUCGCACGUCGUUCUCCGCUCAAGGCGUUUUGGGAGAGGUCAAAGAGUAUUACGAAGACGUGUGUCUGCCCAAAGAAGAUAUAGAGAAGAUACGACGGUCCACCAUGGAUUUGAGGUUGACGGAAAUUUGUCGACCGGAAGAAAAAAUUCCCAUUUUGCUGAGCCCGCAACAGGUGUCGUGCGUUCAGGAGUACUACGAAGUGGCGCUGUCCACGGUUUGCUCCCAACUCGACUCGCACAGAAUAGUGGAAUUACUCAAAGAGGCGAUAAAUAAGACCGUCCCGCCCCAGAACAUCGUCGAAACCGGGACCACCGACGAGCUCACCGGUUUUCUGAACUUGGAGUAUUCGGGAGGUAUUCAGAUCGAGUUGGUCGUGUGCGAGAAUAAGGCGAAAGAGAUGAAGGGCUUAAAAAUGAGAAGAAUUUCAGGAGACCAGAGAGAGUAUGGGAAACUGUGUCAACAAUUGAUCACCAGCUUGACCGUUUAAGAGGUUGUGAAUGGAACUGGGGUACCGGGAAUGUUAUGUCUCUGAGUUUUCAUUCAAAUUCGUUUUAACAGCAGUAAUUUAUUUUAAAUUUUCAAAAUAGAACCCGUGGCCCUAGUUCCGUGUCGUUUCUAUUUUCCAAAAUAAACCGUCCCGCAGAAAUGUGUCAUUUUAUGAAGUUAAGAACGUCCUCACAGGAAACAGAUUAAUGAGAUGUAAAUGUCGAGAAGUCGGCCAUUUAUGCGAACUGUAUUUAAUCAUUCCCAUUUUUGAGAACCAAAUUUCAACGUUACGUGGGGGACUUCCUACAUUUACGAAUUUCUGAUAGAUGUACAUUCGAUGCAAUUAUUUCGAAGAGCUUUUGCCAUAAUGUCACGUUGUACUGCUUAUGUUUACGGCCAUAGAAGAAUCUAAGAACAGUUUUUGGGGUGUAUGAUGUCCUCCAUCAAAUCGAAUAUUCUUAUUGUAAAUAGAUUAAUUUGUAAAGUUUUAUGUAUAAACUGUUUGUAUAUUUUGUUCUAUUUAUUCCGAUAUCGUGUAAAUAUAGUUUUAAGCUUUUUUUAAACCGAAUUUACCGUUUUGUUGCAUUUCGUUCGCUUUGCUAUUGAUUCACGGCUGGUUCGUGUCGUUUCCUCCUUGUUUCUUUCCUUUUCCAAAAAGGUUUUCAUGUGAUAAUAAUUAAGUUAUACGAAAGUGUCUUAAAAUAUCCUUUUUAUCCCAUCAUUGAACAAAACGUAUAGUUUUAAGUUUAGAUCGUAAAUGUCGCCAUAAGUAGUUAGACGUUAAAAUAUUGUAAAUAAUAUUUUAAUAAAUAAUUCCAAUCAUAUCUA